AUGUCAUCGGCGAGGCUCGCGAACCGCGCAAUUGUCUACACAGAAAACGGCGACCCGUCCAAGGUCCUCACCACGCUCACCUACCCGCGCCUGGCCCCACCUCCUCCAGGCGCGCUCAACGUCAAGUUCCGUCUCUCGCCCAUCAACCCCGCGGAUCUGAAUGUCAUCGAGGGCGUUUACCCGUCCAAACCCACUCCCACAACCGCAUUGAACGGCGAGUCGCUCCUCGUCGGCGGCAAUGAGGGCCUAGCCGAAGUGGUCGAGGUGGGCGAGGGCGUGUCAGGCCUUCGGAAGGGCGACUGGGUGACCAUGGCGAAGCCCCAGGCAGGGACGUGGGCCUCCGCGCUCACGGUGGAGGUGCGGGACGUCAUCAAGCUCCCGAGCGGCGGCAUCAGCGAGGUUAAUGCUGCUACGAUCACCGUCAACCCACCGACUGCAUACUGCAUGCUGCGGGAUUUCGUCGACCUCCAGGAGGGCGACUGGGUAGUCCAGAACGGUGCUAACAGUGCGGUCGGCCAGGCUGUCAUACAAAUUGCAGCAAAGAGGGGAUUGAAAACUAUCAAUUUCGUUCGCGACCGACCGAACCGUGAUGCUCUUAAGAACCAGCUACAUGCAUUGGGCGCCACGCACGUCUUCACAUAUGAAGAGCUCGCCGACAAGGCCACUUCUGCAGCCAUCAAGGAGUACACUGGAAGCAAGCCCAUUCGGCUGAUGCUGAAUUGCGUGGGUGGGAAGCCGACGGCGCAAAUGACGCGGUUACUCGGGUCGGAUGCGCACCUGGUCUCCUACGGCGCGAUGUCGAAGCAACCGCUAUCGCUCCCUACGUCUACGUUCAUCUGGAAGAACCUCGCCGCUCAUGGCUUUUGGAUGACCCGAUGGUAUCAAGGGCACAGCGCUGCUGAACGGGAGGAGCUUAUGCGUACGCUUGUAGGGCUGCAGCUGAAAGAACCCGAGCACGAAAUUCUCACACUCCGGCGGGAGAAGAGCGAUGCGGAAGUCACAGAGACUGUGAGAGAUGCUAUCGCUCGUAUUGGGCAGGGAAUGCUAGGCAAGAAGCUACUAUUACAAAUCGAAGAGCCCGACGCUUGA